AUGCUGUGGUUUAGAAUCAUCGGCCUAAAAGCGCGCAACCAACAGCCGCUCAUGCCAGAGGAAACCAUUGUGUUGGAAAUGUUACGACUGGAGUCCUUUGCGAUUCCGGAGCCGUUAUGUCUUCAGCUCUUGGUCCUCGGUAGAGUGAAAUCCGGCUUCGGCACCUCACUCCGGCCCACCUUUCCACCACUCCCAACCACCGUCAUCCAGUGGCAAGGCGCCGCCAUUCCUGGUAACUUCGCCGCCGCUAUCACUGCCGCCCCUCACAACCUUUAUGAUGAGCUUCCAUGCUUAGGAAUUCACUUAGCAGCCCUCAUUACGGCACAGAAUAAUGACAUCAGCCCAUGGUCACCACAUGGUGUUCCUGCCCACACCCACGCCAAUCAAAAUCUCAUUGGCUACCGUCCCACGAAACGCUACCGCCCCGAAGCGUAUGCGUCCGUCAUCGACGUUGGAAUAUCGGCUGGAGAAGUCCAAAACUAUCCUCCAAACAGCGGCCUCAACUUCAGCCUCCUGAAACGUACUUCAGAGAUCCUUUCCUCGUUGACAACAUUCAAGACCACCGACAUAAGCUUUCCGACUCUUACAGAGUACAGAGCUACUGCACAAGCAGCCCAGUACAUCCCAGAUCCACAACAACCCGGAGUACGCAACAUCCAAGGGCUCACUACCAUUUGGAUAAUCAACAAUGAAAUACCUAGUCAAAUUGGUGUAUCAAUUGUGUUUGCUCCCAGGUACUACAAGGAGUCACCUAACGACAAUUUUGACAACUGGUGUUGUCUGUCGCCCGACGCUCCACUUGCAGCAGACGUCCCCAACCCACUUCCCGCAGCCUGGUUUGAAAACCGAAACGAUCGGCGUCAAAUCAGAGACAUCUACUCACUGGCUCAGUUUAGCUCAAUCUCAUCAGAUGCUAACGAGUACAGAAGAGUGACACUGGAAGCUCUAGUUAUAUCAAGGAGAUAA